AUGUGGGACGACGAGGACAACAACCCCUACGGCUCGUUCAACAGACGCGACUCGGAGACGUCCGAUGCUCCCGGUACACCACCUUUAUGCCCUCCCACCACUCUCUACACCUCUAACUGUCGCAUCAGCCNNUUCCGUCAAGCCCCCUCAACACCACCCUCUGGCGCGAGCAGUCCACCUCAGUCCACUCCUGAAUACCACCGACCAGAAUCCACCUACCACGAUGAACCCUUCGGCCACGACCAACAGGACAGCGACCACCACCAUGAUGACGACGACGACGACGAGGACUUGUCGCAAUCGCGUAGGAUCGAACCAAAGAAGGGUGGCUACCACAGUCGAAUCGAGCAGAUUCUCUAUGAGAACCCCGACCUAGACAUUCAGAUCGUGCACGCAGGCAAGAACACCGAGGGCGGAGGCAGCUACAUAACCUACACCAUUCGCACUGGAGUACGCCAUUCCGCUGCCCGACUUGCUGCAACAAUCGCUGACAGUUUUAGGNACAUCGAAGUACGAAGACGUUACAGCGAGUUCGCAUCGCUGAGAGCCACCCUGGUCGCCCUGCAUCCAACCCUCAUCAUUCCACCAAUCCCCGAGAAACACUCAAUCACCGACUAUGCUUCAAAACCCACAAAGGCGAAGGAGGAUCUAGGCAUUAUCGAGUUGCGCCAGCGCAUGUUGACUACCUUCCUCAACCGCUGCCGUCGCAUGCAAGACGUGCGCGACGACAAUGUCUGGUGGCGUUUCCUCGAUCCCAACGCUAGCUGGAACGAGGUCCUCCACUCCCACCCCGUCGUGAACAUUCCCAAGAACAACCUCAAGGCUCCUCCGCUUGACCCUGCCAACCCCUCUCCUGGUCACAACUUCUUGCCUGUCCCUUCAUCAUCGGCAAAACUACGCUCGUCUGGUAAUGCUUCCGCAUCCGGUACACCCAGCUCACCACCAAUGCAACAACCAUCGACUGCUGCUCACUCAUCUCCCGGUCCUCAGGUAUUUGGCCGUUUCCCUCCCGAUUCCCAACACUUGUCAGAAGAGGAUCUCGACCCCUACUUUGUUCAGUUCGAGAACUCGUCGCGCGAGUUGGAAACCCUGUUGCAAGGCUCCAUGGAAAAGGUCAACCAGCGCACUCUUCAGCACCUGUACAAGCUUGGAGACGAUCUUAUGGAGCUAGGUGGCCGCUACAACGCCUUCUCGCUGUCUGAACAGUCCGCCGAGGUUGCUGCUGCUAUUGAGAAGAUCGGACAGGCUUGCGAUUUUACAUACAUCCAAACUCGGGAUUUAUCUAGCGGUUUGUCAGCUCAAUUCGCUGAGCCCAUGCGCGAGAGCGCUCAAUUCGCCGGCAUCGUCAAAGGCGUUCUGAGAUACAGAGUUUUGAAGCGUGUCCAACAGGAGAUGACUCGUGAAGAACUCGACAAGAAGAGAACAUCCCUCGACUCUUUGGAAAGAAGCGAAGCAGAAGCGAAGCGUAUCGAACAAUACCUUCAUAACUCAGGUUCUUCACCACCUCAACGGAGUAUGAGCACUGGCAGUAACGCUGCUAGACGCAACCCAGCCAGAGAUCAGCUGCCUAGGCGUGCAGAAGACGACACGGCAAGUAUCGAUUCGGACUUCCCUCCCACGAUGGGCAGUGCUCCUAGCGCAGCUCAGGGCUCUCCUCACCAAGACCAACCUACCAGUCCUACGCAGCAUAAGAGAGGCGCUAGUGGUAACUUUGUAACAAACAAAAUCUUUGGGCGACUCACUCAUGCGUAUCAUAAUGUUGUCGAUGCAGACCCCGAGCGCAUGAGGAGAGACCAGAUUGGCAAGACGAAGGAAAGUUUGACACAGGUAAGGAUCAUCGGCUCCAUGCAAAUACUGUAUCAUGCUUACAUAUUUCACNAGCUCGAACAAGCUCUCGAAGUCUCGGAAAAGGACGUCAAGGAUGCCAGCGGUGCUGUACUCAAAGAUCUAAAACGCUUCCAAAGCGACAAGGAAGAGGAUUUGAGGAAAUACAUGUUGGCAUUUGCCCGCUGUCACAUCGAGUGGGCGCAACGCAGUCUAGAAACCUGGGAAGAAGCUCGUGUGGAAGUCAACAAGAUUCCUGUAUUGGAGCCGAGGUAG